AUGAACAAGCAGCCUCACGUGCACAGUUCCACGCCUGCUAAUGCACCCGAAGCUCGCCCUGAACGUCGCAAGGGAGAAGACCGCAAGACUCACGUGCGCUCUCGCUCCCCCGGAAAAAGCAGCGCGAAAGCGGCUCUGCCCCCCGCGCUCCCUCGGAAAGAGCAUCCCCGCCACGCUGCCCCAACCGCGCCGCGAUUUCCCCGGCGAGCGCCCACCUCUUCCGCCUCUCCACCACGGCGCCCCCGCCACCAGCUUUGCCCCCGCCCUCUUCAGCGCCGCGGCAGGCAGGCCCCGCCCUCCGACUAUACAAGGGAGGGCGUCAUGAAGGGAGGCGUGGCCACGCCCCCUUUGUUGCACAUUGAGUUGCCGCCAAACCCUCUUCUCCGCUUUCUGGUUUGGGUCGGGCUACCACCAGCGGCAGGGGGCGCGCUGGAUGAUGGAGGGGAGCAUGUUGGUCGCAAAGGGCCAGGUGGAUUUGGCUAUGUCGAAGCCGCAAGAAUCCCAGAAUCCCAGUUGACACUGAAAAAUGAUCUGGAGCUCAUCAGAGCUCAGCUCCAUGCCCAAACCAAGGCUUUUCAAGCACUGAGCCACUCAAUUACUCUGUUAGAGCAAGAGAGCAACCACCAGCAGGGCAGGAUCAAUGAAUUGGAAGAGGAAGUAGAAUUUGCUGCCCGCUUAUCCCAUGGGGAGAUGUUUGAUGGGCUAAUACAGAAAAAAAUCCAAGAACUUUGGAGAUCCAUGACCACAGAGGUAGAAGGGCUUCAGGGUUCCAUGAUCCAGAAGCAAAGUUCAGUGGAGAAUCUGGCUCAAGAUGUCCUUGAGAGCAAAAAAUUCCUUUGGGAAGAGUUGGAAUCAGUUCAGGGUGAACUGCGGCACAUCCAACAGAAACUAAAGGACCAGGAGGUUGAUAUCACUAGAAACCUUGUCAGCAUUAAGAAAAUGCAAGAGAAUCAAAUGAAGUGCACCAAGUUCCUGUGCCAACUGAGGGGCAAAAUCCCAGAGGAUGCCUUAGAAGCAGUGGAUAAUAAAGCAGGGACUGAAGAGCUGAAUGAAAUCUGGUCAGCUGUCAACACUUUACGCAACUCCAUUGUCAACAACAGCAUCCGGAGUGACAAGAGAAAUUCUUCAAGAAUGAAAGAUCGAGGGAGCCGACAUCACCGAAAAACUAACUCACCUGGCUCCAAUUUCUCUGAUUCUGCCCUCUAUCAGCACCGCCGCAGCAGCUCAGAGCACAGUUCCUAG